AUGUCGAAACCGCUCGCCUCGUCACCAGCCAAAACCGACCCACCACCGAAUUUCUUCUCUUUGUACUCUGUCAUACUGCCAGUCCCAAUCAACAACGCCUUCGGCGUUCUGGGAAGAGGUGACGCACAUGAACCCGUCGCUCGCCUCUCCGUGCUCUGCAAGAUGUUCGAGCUGUUGGAGAAAGACUAUGUCCAGCUACCUGUCGCUUCAUACCCAGAUGGAAUACAGCUGAGAGACGUCGGCUUGGAGGAAGGCGUCCCGAUCCUCUUCGGGUUAUUCAACAGCACGGUGCGCCUCUCCGGCACGAUUUCUUGGGACGACUCUGUCUUCCCUGCAUCACAACCACCCUCACCCCGCCCAAGUGGCGUUGGAAGCUCGGAGACGCCAGAGCAAGUUGAUGUCCUGUACGAGUCUGUCGCCGAAUCGACUGGGAUUGCUGUCUGGAAACUAAGAACUUUUGAGAGGGUGGUUGAAGACGGAGAGGAGAAGACGAGGGUGUCGGAGAGGAUUGAAGGAUGGGCACCUGCGUGGAUGAGGUGGUUAGUCCAGAAUAAGGCGGUGGAAUCACAUAGGUGGAGCACAUAUGAAUCUGUAUCAUACAUUGUUCUGAAUACCGUGCCCUCGGCGCUGCAUUUGACUGGAAUUCUGCUACGUUCCCUUUGUGCACCCUUCGAGUUCACGAUCGCGAGGCCGGUUGCGUUCCAGCUUUAG